AUGAGGCUUCUAACUACCAAGGAAUCUUCAGCUGCAGUGUCAGAGAUCGUGUCUUCACAGAAGCCAUCACAAUCAUCAUUGUCCCAGUCGCCGUCGAUUCAAUCCCUUCAACAAUCGGACAUAGGCACCACGGAAACUCAAUCACGUUCAGAUUUUUCUUUUUCAAGAGAUUCUGCAGAUCCUGCUUCCUCAUCAGAUCACCCUGUCUCAAUUGGAACAUGGGCACGCAGAAGAUUGCCCAUUACUCAAUCUGCUCUCCAUGAUUCACAGGAACCUUCUGCUUCAGGAGAUUCUGUUGAACCUCCUUCCUCGUCAGGUCAACCUGUCUCAAUUGGAACAUGGGCACGCAGAAGGUUGUCCAUUACUCAAUCUGCUCUUCAAGAUUCACAGAAGCCUUCUGCUUCAAGGUGCGAUCCUCUUGGGAAUCUUCGAUUCCAUUGCCAGAGAGUGAGCUUCCACAAAAGCCAUCGCAAUCAUCAUUGUCCCAGUCGCCUUCGAUUCAAUCCCUGCAGCAGACAGACAACAGAUCUGCAGAUUCUCAAUCGGUUUCAGAUUCUUCAUCCUUGCAUUGAUCAAAUCUACACCAAUCCACAUUCCUUGGACUGUGGACACGUCUUUUGUCUUUCACCUUGCAUUUUGUCAUUUCAAACUGACGGAGCAAGAAUUUACUGCAGUUCUUGCGGUUUCGCUUCUCCAAUAGACAAUAUAAAGUUCGAAGAGAAAAUUGGAAAGGAGGUUCGCGAUUUUAAGUUGAAAAAUGAGUCGGUUGAAAUAUCUUCCUGCCCAAAUUGUCAACGACCGAAUUGUAAAAUUUGUGAGCUCUGCAAACACUGUGAUCGCUAUUUGUGCCAUGAAUGUGCUACUUCACACCAAACUAUGUACUCAUCGGUCUUAUUCAGUCGUCUGUUAGAUUUGCAGUUGAGAUACAAGAAUUACGUUGACCGACGUGGAGAGAUGAAUAGUGAGAAUGCGAGUGUUGCUAUAGAACGUCUUCAAGAAACAAUAGAAGGAGCUCUUUUGCGUGCUGAGAUUUGUCUCGAGUCAUUGGAAAUUAUACUCAACGAUCAGUCUCCGGAAACGUCCACCAAAUUGGCGAAGAUUACAGGACUGUUUGCUUUGAGUGAACGAAAUGGUGACCAAUCGAGGCGUCUUUCAAAAACGGCAUCAGAAAUCAGUAACGGAUAUUCUGGAACUUCCAACAAUAUUCCUUUAAGCGUUUAUAAUUUUGUGAACAAGUACCAGAAGACUUCAUCCGUGUCCAAGAGGGAGGUAGAUAGCACUAUUGAGAGUUCUCAGACUUCGUCAUUAUCACGUAGUAUAACACCUAGGGCAUCUUUUAACUUGUCAGGUCAAUACGGUCCAACAAUAUCUGCAGCUGAACACCCGACAAAUGAAACGUGA